CGGUCGGGGGCGCGCGGGGCGGUGGCGGCGCCGGAGGAGCCGUCCGUGCUCGUGCCCGCGCCUCUGUGGAGCCGCCGGGGCCGCGCCCCUGCCCGCCGCCUGCGAUCCCCACGGGCCGAUGCGGGUCGCCGGGCAGAGGGGAGCGACGUAGCCGCUGCCAGUGCCGCCGCCUCGGCUCGGCCCGGCCCGACCCCGACCCAGACCCCGACCCCGCCCGGCGCGAGCCGGACGACCGGCCGUCCUUCGGCGGGGCCAUGGCCGAGCGCGGGUGCCCGCUGGAGGCGGUGCCGUUACCCGCCGAGGUGCGGGAGAGCCUGGCCGAGCUGGAGCUGGAGCUGUCGGAAGGUGACAUCACUCAAAAAGGAUAUGAAAAGAAAAGGGCAAAGCUGCUUGCACGUUAUGUACCACUCAUUCAAGGAGUAGAUCCAUCCCUACAAGCAGAGACUAGGAUCCCCGGGCCCUCACCAGCCACGGCCCCCGCGCCCAGACAGCAGAAGCCGAGGCCCAGCCACGCCCGGGACGAGCGCUUCAGGUCAGAUGUUCACACCGAGGCUGUGCAGGCAGCUUUGGCCAAAUACAAAGAGAGGAAGAUGCCCAUGCCUUCCAAGAGGCGCUCCGUCCUCACACACACGUCCGUGGAGGCCUACACACCCCCAGACACAUCGUCCGCCUCAGAAGAUGAGGGCUCUUUACGGCGACCCGGGCGACUCGCCUCCGCUCCGCUCCAGAGCCAUCCCAGCGUCGAGCCCUGGCUCGAGCAGGUCACUCAGGGCUCGUCCACCUCCUCCUCCGCCUCCUCCACCUCAUCUCACCCGGGAGGGCAGCCUGCCGCCGCGCCCAGCGCCGCCGCCGCGCCCGCAGGCCCCGCGGCCCUCGCCCGCGUAGAUCUGCACUCUGCCCCUCCCGAUGUCACCACGGGCCUCGCACAGCAUCAGCACGCCUCCUGUGAGCGUCCACAGCUGGCUUCCGCGACAGGAGUCCCUCGGGGGGGCAGCGGGCGCGCCCUAGAGACGGCAGGUGGUGUCCCCGUGAGCAGCAGAGUGUCCUCCAAGAUCCAGCAGCUUCUUAACACCCUGAAGAAACCAAAGCGCCCUCCCCUGAAGGAGUUCUUCGUGGAUGAUUUUGAGGAGCUGUUGGAAGUGCAGCAACCAGAUCCAAGUCAGCCGAAGCCUGAGGGCGGCCAGAUGGCAGUGCUGGAAGGGGAGCUGCUGGCCGUGGGCAGCACCUGGCCACCGUCGCUGCUGGCCGCCUUGCAGCAGUGGGGCACCACGCAGCCCAAAGCCCCGUGCCUGACCGCCCUGGAUACCACGGGGAAGGCCGUCUACACCCUCACCUACGGCAAACUUUGGAGUCGGAGUUUAAAACUAGCUUACACUCUACUUAAUAAACUGACUAAUAAGAAUGAACCACUACUUAAACCCGGAGACAGAGUGGCGCUGGUGUUUCCUAAUAGCGACCCCGUCAUGUUCACUGUUGCGUUCUAUGGGUGCCUCCUGGCAGAGCUGGUUCCUGUCCCCAUCGAAGUGCCACUGACAAGAAAGGACGCUGGCAGCCAGCAGGUCGGGUUUCUGCUGGGCAGCUGUGGCGUCGCCCUGGCCCUGACCACGGACGCCUGUCAGAAAGGCCUGCCCAAGGCCCAGACCGGAGAGGUGGCGGCCUUCAAAGGCUGGCCCCCCCUCACCUGGCUGGUGAUCGACGGGAAGCACCUGACUAAGCCCCCCAAGGACUGGCACCCAUCGGCACAGGACGCGGGGGCCGGGACCGCCUACAUUGAGUAUAAAACCAGCAAAGAAGGCAGCACCGUGGGGGUGGCGGUGUCCCACGCAUCCCUGCUGGCACAGUGCCAGGCUCUGACCCAGGCAUGCGGCUACUCGGAAGCUGAAACAUUAACAAAUGUCCUGGAUUUCAAAAGGGAUGCCGGCCUGUGGCAUGGAGUGUUAACAAGUGUCAUGAACAGGAUGCACGUGGUCAGCAUCCCGUACGCGCUGAUGAAGGCCAACCCACUCUCCUGGAUUCAGAAAGUGUGUGCGUAUAAAGCCCGGGCCGCGCUGGUGAAGUCCCGCGACAUGCACUGGUCGCUCUUGGCUCAGCGAGGUCAGAGGGGCGUCAGCCUCAGCUCCCUGCGCCUGCUGAUCGUGGCCGACGGCGCGAACCCGUGGUCCAUCUCCUCCUGUGACGCGUUCCUCAACGUCUUCCAAGCCAGAGGGCUGAGGCCGGAGGUGCUCUGUCCCUGUGCCAGUUCUCCGGAGGCACUCACGGUGGCCAUCCGCAGGCCGCCUGACCUGGGGGGCCCUCCUCCCAGAAGAGCUGUGCUGUCGAUGAGCGGCCUCAGUCACGGGGUGAUCAGACUGGACGCGGAAGAGAAGCUCUCGGUCCUGGCGGUUCAGGACGUCGGUCAGGCGAUGCCUGGAGCUAACGUGUGUGUUGUGAAGGUGGAGGGGAUCCCUUAUCUCUGUAAAACCGAUGAAGUCGGAGAAAUCUGCGUCAACUCCAGCGCGACGGCGACAGCGUAUUAUGGGCUGCUCGGGAUCACAAAGAACAUCUUUGAGACUGUCCCAGUCACGGCAGGGGGUGCGCCCAUCUCCGACAGACCUUUCACCAGGACGGGACUGCUGGGCUUCAUCGGGCCUGAUAACCUGGUCUUCGUCGUGGGCAAGCUGGACGGGCUGAUGGUGGUGGGGGUCCGCAGACACAACGCGGACGACAUCGUGGCCACCGCACUGGCCGUGGAGCCCAUGAAGUUUGUCUACAGAGGCAGGAUCGCCGUGUUCUCCGUGACAGUGCUGCACGAUGACCGGAUCGUGCUGGUGGCAGAGCAGCGGCCUGACGCCUCAGAGGAAGACAGCUUCCAGUGGAUGAGCCGUGUGCUGCAGGCCAUCGACAGCAUCCACCAGGUGGGCGUGUACUGUCUGGCCCUGGUUCCUGCGAACACCUUGCCCAAGGCCCCUCUAGGAGGGAUUCACGUUUCUGAAGUGAAGCAGCGCUUCCUGGAGGGGAUGCUGCACCCGUGUAGCGUGUUGAUCUGCCCUCACACGUGUGUCACCAACCUCCCCAGGCCUCGCCAGAAGCAGCCAGAGGUCGGACCAGCCUCCAUGAUCGUUGGGAAUCUGGUCGCUGGGAGGAGAAUCGCCCAGGCCUCGGGGAGGGAGCUGUGUCACCUGGAGGACAGUGACCAGGCGAGGAAGUUCCUGUUCCUGCCCGACGUGCUGCAGUGGCGGGCCCACAGCACGCCCGAGCACCUGCUCUUCCUGCUGCUGAAUGCCAAGGGCACAGUCACCAGCACCACCACCUGCAUCCAGCUGCACAAAAAGGCUGAGAGAGUGGCCGCUGCUCUGAUGGAGAAGGCCAGGCUGACCACCGGGGCCCACGUGGCCCUGGUCUACCCCCCAGGGGUGGACCUCAUUGCCGCCUUCUACGGCUGCCUGUACUGCGGCUGCGUGCCCGUCACCGUGCGGCCCCCGCACCCCCAGAACCUCACCACCACACUUCCCACCGUCAAGAUGAUCGUGGAGGUCAGCAAGUCUGCGUGCGUACUCACGACGCAGGCCAUCACGCGGCUGCUCAAGUCCAAAGAAGCACUGGCCGCCGUGGACGCCAGGACCUGGCCGACCAUUCUAGACACAGAUGACAUACCCAAGAAGAAGGUGGCCAGCAUCUUCAGGCCCCCGUCCCCAGACGUGCUCGCAUACUUGGACUUCAGCGUGUCGACCACGGGGAUCCUGGCGGGUGUGAAGAUGUCGCAUGCAGCCACCAGCGCCCUGUGCCGCUCCAUCAAGCUGCAGUGUGAGCUGUACCCCUCCAGGCAGAUCGCCAUCUGCCUCGACCCCUACUGUGGCCUUGGCUUUGCCCUGUGGUGUCUGUGCAGCGUCUACUCGGGACACCAGUCGGUGCUGGUGCCCCCGCCGGAGCUGGAGGCCAACGCGUCCCUGUGGCUGUGGGCUGUCAGCCAGUACAAGGCCCGCGUCACCUUCUGCUCCUACUCGGUGAUGGAGACGUGCGCCCGCGGCCUGGGCGCGCAGACGGCGGUGCUCAGGAUGAAGGGCGUGAACCUGUCGUGCGUGCGCACCUGCAUGGUGGUGGCCGAGGAGCGGCCCAGGAUCGCGCUCACACAGUCCUUCUCCAAGCUGUUCAGGGACCUGGGCCUGCCCGCACGCGCCGUGAGCACCACAUUCGGCUGCAGGGUCAAUGUGGCCAUCUGCCUGCAGGGCACGGCCGGCCCGGACCCCACGACCGUCUACGUGGAUAUGAGGGCACUGCGCCAUGACAGGGUACGUUUGGUGGAACGGGGUUCUCCGCACAGUCUGCCAUUGACAGAGUCUGGAAAGAUCCUGCCUGGAGUGAAGGUCAUCAUUGCCCACACCGAGACCAGAGGGCCCCUUGGAGACUCGCACCUGGGGGAGGUCUGGGUGAGCAGCCCGCACAGCGCCACGGGGUACUACACGGUCUACGGGGAGGAGGGGCUCCACGCCGACCACUUCAGUGCCCGGCUGAGUUUCGGAGACACCCAGACCGUUUGGGCAAGGACGGGCUUCCUGGGCUUCCUCCGAAGGACAGAGCUCACCGACGCCAGCGGAGAGCGACACGACGCGCUGUACGUGGUGGGGUCUCUGGACGAGGCGCUGGAGCUGAGGGGCAUGCGCUAUCACCCCGUCGACAUCGAGACGUCAGUGAUCCGGGCGCACAGGAGCGUCGCCGAGUGUGCCGUGUUCACCUGGACCAACCUGCUGGUGGUGGUGGUGGAGCUGGAUGGGCUGGAGCAGGAUGCACUGGAUCUGGUGGCCCUGGUGACGAACGCGGUGCUGGAGGAGCAUCUGCUGGUGGUGGGCGUGGUGGUCAUCGUGGACCCAGGCGUCAUCCCCAUCAACUCCCGCGGGGAGAAGCAGCGCAUGCACCUGCGUGACGGCUUCCUGGCCGACCAGCUGGACCCCAUCUACGUCGCCUACAACAUGUGAGCACAGCGCACGCCCUGGCCCUGAGAGGGGCCUCGGGACGUGUCGGAGGUGCUGGGACGCGUGGAAACACGGCAGCACCUGCAGCCCCCAGGGAGAGGACCCCAGGCUCUGGGAGCACGGUGCCCCCACUUCCUAUGCUCUUACAGGUCCGUGUCAUUUUAGAAACCACUUCCUGAGUUAUUCAAAGAACUCUUAAUUAUCAAGGACAUUUACAGAAACAUGAAUCUCAGUAUUUUAACAGAUGGGGUGACUGGGAAAGAGGCCUGGUGUGGGCGCCGUGGGAGCUGCAGGUGUGAGUUUGCACUUUUUUAGGCUGAAAAUACAGUUCUCAAUUUUUAAAAUUCAACUGUUUAUUCCCACUUCAAAUGACGAGUUCAUGUAUAGAGUUUAUGCUAGGAGGAAUUUGAGGCCCAAGUACAGCUGCUUCGAUUCUGAUUCACAGGAAAGCGCAGAGCCCAGAAAGGCUGGUGGACAGGAGUGAGCCUGGCCUGGCCGCCCUGCCCACCUUCGGGCCCCAGACCAGGCACUGGACGCACACGCUUCCUCUCUUGAAACAGGUCUGCGCGGCUGUCUGCUUGUGUGGUCACUAACGCUCGACAGGGGCCAUCUGGGGCCGUCAGGUGAGGUGCUCUGUUUCGGAAAGAUAAACCAGCACUGAGUUUCAAACCACUUUCUAAGUUUCUGACUUCUUGCUGUUCAACUGAAGUGCUUGUUUUCAUAACCACAGUAUAAGCUCUUCUCACUGCACGGAAGUGUACUGAAUUAUUAUUUUUAUUCCACGUCAACAGAUGUGGAAGGCCCGGUGAGGUGAGGUUUCCGUCCUCGGUCAUGUCUGCUGAGCACCGGCAGUACAGCCGAGGGGCCCAGCCCAGGAGAGCCUUGCCCAUCGCUGUUGCAUUUUGAGUUGUGUGCCUGUAAAAUUUGGCCAAAUCAUGUUCCGUUAUUUUAUUCUAACUUGACCAGACUGAGUGGUAUAAUAUUAUAGUAAGUCUAAAUCAAAGAAGAAAACGUGGUAUCCUUUAGUUACUUCUAAGAACUUGAAGUGAAGCUCGAAUCUAAGGCAGAGUAUUUUUGUAUCGCUAAUGAGUAUGUUACCAGCUGUCGGGGACUGAGGGUGGGAAAGUUUACAAAUCAUGCCUGCUUCCUAGACAGCCAGGUUUUUCUGGAAUUAGCCUGGAUCAGUGCCUAACAACGUUAUUAAUUCUCUACCAUUUGAAAUUCUCCACCAAAAAGGCUGGGCUAACUGGGCCAACUCUCACGUGUGACUCAUAUUUGGCUACGAGUAGCUUGCGCUCAGUAGUUGUGGGCCUGCGGCGUUGGCCUGCAGUGUGGUGUGUAACAACAUACUGGAAUUUGAAUAAUCCUCUUGUAAUUAUGUACAUAAUCUGUGUAACUUAUUGUUGGACAUACAGAGGUCCUAGUAGUUGACUAAUGGGCAUUCCUUAUAACAGAAUGGCCAUCAGGGGAAGAACUACCCAGCCUUGUAUGUUGUAGUUAUAUAGCAAACAAAUAUUGUAAAAUUUUUGUAUUGAAAGGUCGGUGGCAGUAAGACAAGGUGUCUUGUAAAUUAAGAUUUUAAAAAGCAUUAAAAUGUUUUAAAAUUACUCUCUAGGAAUUCUGUAUAUCACACUAAAAAUUUUAUAUCAUUAUGUUAAUAAAGUUAUUGACUGUUUGUAAUUCUG